UGUCACGAAUGGGCUGUCCUGUCGAACACAAAAGGAGCUGCUUCACUGCCUUAUAGCCAGUGCUGGCACAGGAAGCCUAAUUUUGCAAACAGCUGUAAAGUAACCCAAUCUCUGAAAAUGGUCUACACGGUGAUUCUCCUUCUUGCUUUUUUUGGAGUUGCGUCUUCCUGGCACCUAGAUGAACGGAGGUGCGACCCAGAGGCACGAAGGGAAACACCAACUCUUUGCUCAAAUUACAGAAACAUUAAACAUCUUUAUAAAAACCAGAAACAGACUCAGGAGAAACAAAUGAUGCUGGAAAAAAGGAUUGAGGCUAUGGAAGGUAAGACCAGUGAAAUCAGUGUGCUUGAAAUCCUAGUGGCAAACAUUUCGAGUGCACUAAAGGACCUUGAAACGAUGAAUUCACAAAAUGAGAUGGAAUUAAAUGACACAAAGGCGCAGCUGGUGAAACACAAAGCUGACAUAGCGAGCCUGAAGAGAGAGCUUCAAGAACUGGUUGAACACAGGGAAAUAGUUGGGGGGAACUUCAGUCAGAUUGAAGAUACACUUUUUACAACUGAGAGGCGGUUGAGGGCAAAAGAAGCCAGGCUUGAAAAAGUUGAGACAGAAACCAAGGCAGUGUUCAGUGAGACAAAGAAGCUCCUGAAUCAAUAUAGGAGUGAACUUUCCAACCUUAACACGACGGCUCAGGAGCUUGAAGGCAAAGUCGAAGCUCGACUGGAUGGCACGAAGAUGGAACUUGAAGCUAAGCUGGAGAAAAUACAAAACAACAGUGAAGCUUUCGGCGCAAAACUUAAAGUGCAAAAAGCUGAGGUUGAUGAAUUUAAGGAGGAAACUGACAGCAAAUUCAGUAAUGUUGAUGGACAGCUGAAAGAACAAAAAACUACAGCGGACAAGCAGAAGGCUGAAAUCGGCACUCUCAAGAGCAACAUUAAAGGAAUACAAACCAGACUGGGGUCAACUGAGAGAAAAGCUGACAAACAAAAUGAACUCAAACUAGAGGUGGACAGAAUUAAAGCAGAAGUCAAUGCAAAGGUGGCAUUCUCUGCAACUAUAACCGCAUCUCAUGAUGUGUUCACCGGACCAGCCGUCACCAAGAAUAUUCUGAUCUUUAACAAAGUCUUCACAAACAUUGGCAACGCUUACAACUCUAAAACAGGCCUCUUCACUGCUCCACUGAAUGGGGUUUACCACUUCUCAUUCAUGACUUUUGGCUACAGCUGCUACACUUCAGGAGCCAUCCUGGUGAAGAACGGGCAUUACCAAGUGAGCACCUGGGAGUUCAAAGGACUGGACACCAGCGACACCACCAGCAACACAGUAAUUCUUGAACUGAAGGCCAAAGAGACCGUGAACAUCAUACUGUGGAGGGGUGGAAAAAUACAUUCAAGUGUCUUCACUGGGUUCCUCAUCUUCCCGUCGUAGAUAUUUGGGGUUAAGAAUUAAGACGUUUUUAGAUUAUGUUUUUAUUUAGGGACACAUGCUUUUUGUCUCGUUUUCUUCUUUAAUUAUAAUUGUCCUGAGAAGGCUUUCACUUAUUAAGCUACCAUGUUAAAUCCAAAAAGAUACUAUUCUAUUGUUUUUUAUAUGAAUAAAUUAAUGGGAAAACUGAAUUUAACACAGGAGUAAUUUAAGUAAUUUAAUUUAAUUUAAUUUAAGGCUCAUAUACCCGCUGAGAGAGAGGACAGUUUGUGUUUACUUCCUGCACCAAAGUGACAAGAUGUAUGGGCCUGGACCUUAAAAUAUGCUAAAUGUUAUUUGGCACUUUAAUGUACCAUACUUAUUGCAUACAUUACAAUCCACCCCAUAGAAACAGGUGGAUUAAUGGUCCCCCUGAAGAUGAAAGGGUGUGUUUGUUAUGUAAUUUUGGUGAAACUGAAGUUUACCUUUUUUUGCUCAUUAUAAUUAUGAUGAAUUAAGGGCUAUAAUUAAUGGUAAGAUGAUUCUGUGGCAGAUUUUAUAUGUAGGGCUUGAAGAGAAGAGACAUAUAAAUUGCAAUAUAAUGCUAUAUGUGUUAAACAAUGUUAUUUUGAACACUUUUUAAUCCCUACAAUUGUGUUUUUUUUUUACUACUACCACAAAUAGUUAAAUAUAUAUAUAUAAACUGAUCAGUAAAACACAAAAAGUCAAGUUGAUUGAUGGUGUAUAUUUGUUCUUCAGAAACAAUAAUCAAACAUUGACGACAAUUAAUUUGUCAUGUUGUGAUAAGUUGUAUUUUUUCUAUAAGUAAGACUACUAAGAAAAAUACUUUUAGCUGAAUGACAUUUGCUAAUAAAUACAAUUUUGGCAACCAAAA